AUUGUAGUUGCUAGUAACCACCAGCUACUAAGCUUUAAGUAACCAUUCAAAAUAUCUUUGACUUUACCUCACGUACACACAUACACACAUACAUCCCUUGUCGUAAUUAUCUACAUAGAUAUUCUCACACAGCAUUCCAUUCACAUCUUUUGGGUUACUUUAAUACUCCCUACACCAUUACAUUAGGAGUUGAAGGAUUCGAGAACCAAAAAAGUACGAGACCGGAAUCGGGAACCAAAGAAUCCAAAACCAGGGGUCCAAGGAAGAAAGAGCAUACAAACUCUUCUCCUUAAAUUUUUUUUCUUCGAGUCUGACUCACCUUGAGAGAUCUCUUUGCCAGAGGAACAACGAACAACGGCUUUUCCACACCGUAUCCUCACGCACUUAUCCGUUGCUCGGGUUGUCCGAAGCAACAAACAACGGUUGCCGUGCUGCUCAAACCCUAGGACUUUAAAUUUACCUGUUCGACAACCAAUCACUCGAACCACUCGUCAUCCUGUUCAUCUAUUCACCACAAUGCCAGGAGUCGACAUGGCGCCUCUCGUGGCUGAUGAUAUGAGAGUCCUGGGACAGGACCCUCUGAUCCCGCCGGCACUGCUCAUAUCUGAGAUCCCAAUGACCGAUGCUUCCUUGCAGACAGUGGUUAAGGGCCGAAGAGAUGCUGUUGCCAUUAUAAUGGGCCGCAGUGAUCGUCUUCUGGUCGUGGUCGGCCCCUGUUCCAUCCAUGAUCCAGCUGUUGCCCACGAGUACGCCCAACGUCUGAAGGGUCUUUCUGAGAAGCUAUCGGACGACCUGUGCAUUAUCAUGCGCGCUUACCUCGAGAAGCCGCGGACCACAGUUGGUUGGAAGGGUCUCAUUAACGACCCCGAUAUCGACAACAGCUUCAAGAUUAACAAGGGCCUCCGCAUAUCGCGACAGAUGUUCGGUGACCUCACCAACGCGGGCAUGCCCAUCGCCAGCGAGAUGCUAGAUACUAUCUCUCCUCAGUUCCUAGCAGACUUCAUCUCCGUCGGCGCCAUUGGCGCUCGUACCACCGAAUCACAGCUACACCGUGAGCUCGCGUCCGGUCUCUCCUUCCCAAUUGGCUUCAAGAACGGCACAGAUGGAAACCUGAAUGUUGCUAUUGACGCCAUAGGAGCAGCGGCCUCUAAGCAUCAUUUCAUGGGUGUCACUAAGCAGGGCCUGGCCGCCAUCACGAGGACCAAGGGGAACGAGCACGGCUUUGUUAUCCUGAGAGGAGGUAGCAAGGGCACCAAUUACGACAAGGACAGCAUCCAAGCUGCCAAGGAAACCUUGAUCAAGAAGGGACAGAAGCUAGCCAUCAUGGUCGACUGCUCGCACGGUAACUCGAACAAGGACCACCGAAACCAGCCCAAGGUUGCCAAGGUAAUCGGUGACCAGCUCAAAGAGGGAGAGAAGGCCAUUGUCGGCGUCAUGAUCGAGUCCAACAUCAACGAGGGCAACCAGAAAGUCCCAGCCGAGGGUCCUUCCGGACUAAAGAAGGGCGUCAGCAUUACGGACGCCUGCAUUGACUGGAACCAGACUGUCGAGGUCCUCGAAGACCUAGCGGCGGCGGUCCGUGCUCGCCGAGCGAAGAACGGGGCCCCGAACAGCAAUGGCCAAGAGCCCAAGGCCACUCUCCUAGAGGAGGAAUAAAUAGUUAGAAGGGACAUGGGUAGCGGGUUUCACCAACCGUAGCCACGCCACACGAAUACGUGGUAUAUCCAUUUCUGAACGAAGGCAGUUAAUGAGAACAAAAGUGAUAAAAAAACGCAUUUGGGAGGAUAGACUGUCGUAGGUGCAUGAUAUCUGAGAUCCGUCAGCUUAGAAAAACGAAUCUUGGGAAUUUUGGUCGGGAGAGGGAAAACCAAAAAAGGCAUCAGGCGUUUGGUUUAUAAAACCCUUGGGGCUAUUAUAAAAGUCAGAUCAAUUGCAUGGAAUGUGAUUCCUCUUGUCUUCUAGACCAGCUUAGUUUUAGUAUAGUCACGAAUGAUAACUACGUGAUGAUUUCA